ACGACGGUCGUUGCGUGCGUAACGUAACGUGCGUUGGUGUCCAACCUCCCAAGUUCGGCGGGGCCUUCGUACGACAUGGCGGGCUUUCAUGACAGGGAUAGGGCCCUGUUCCCGAUCCGGAGCAUCUCCGCGAUCGUGCAGAUCUUCAAGAAUCAGCUGGAGAACAGCGCCGAGCCGGAUCUCGCGUUACUCUCGAUCCUCAUUGGCGCAGUCGAGAACUCCUUGACGUGCAAUCGCGUCUUCACGCCCCAGGAGAACGCCGUCUACGACGAGCCGAAGCUGCCGCCUGUGGAGUAUCACAUCGCCGAGGCGUUAUACACAAAGUUUCACGCGGUUAUCAAGGGCGCCGUCGAUCUCACCGUGUAUGACACCAAGUAUGCCACUAGGGAACUCGUGAAAAAGGUGUCGGACGUUAUAUGGAAUUCCCUCACCAGAAGUUAUUACAAGGAUCGAGCGCAUCUGCAAAGUCUCUACAGUUAUCUAACAGCGAACAAGCUCGAUUGUUACGGAGUCGCCUUCGCUGUGGUGGCUGGUUGCCAAGUUCUAGGUUUCAAGGAUGUGCAUCUUGCUAUGUCAGAGGACCAUGCAUGGGUUGUGUAUGGAGAAGAUGGCACGGAGACUGCGGAGGUUACAUGGCAUGGUAAGGGAAACGAGGAUAAACGCGGACAACCAGUGGAGCCUGGUGUAGCGUCUCGAUCAUGGUUGUAUUUAAAUGGGCAAGCUAUGGUAUGCAGUCGUGCUUUAGAAGUGGCUACUAUAGUAUCGGCUAUAAAUCCUAGCUUGAAUGCGACUACCGACGCGGUCGAAGUGGCAUUGCUUCAGCAGGAAUUAUUGUGGCUGUUGUAUGACUUAGGCCAUCUAGCGAAGUAUCCUAUGGCACUCGGUAAUUUGGCUGAAUUGGAAGAGGCUGCGCCUACGCCUGGAAGACCACCACCUAUAGACCUCUUUCAGGAAGCUGUAAGAUCAGCAAGAAAAUACUAUGGAAACGCGCAUGUAUAUCCUUAUACCUAUCAAGGUGGAUAUCUGUACCGGCAUGAAUUACACGUAAACGCGCUUGCGUCGUGGGCCGAUGCCGCGGAUGUUUUGCGGAAAUAUGAUUAUUCGCGGGACGACGGGGAAAUAUACAAGGAAUUGCUGGAGAUUGCCAAUGAAUUGAUACCGCAUGUGGUGCGCGUCGACAACGCGCGUUUACUGCGACAGCCACGUUGCUUCGCAUACCUGUUGAGAUUCUACGACGGUAUCUGCCAAUGGGAGGAGGGUGCCAAUACUCCUGUAUUACACAUAGGUUGGGCUCGCCCGCUGGUGAACACGAUCUCGAAGUUCGACGCCAAUAUACGCGCUCAGGUCGUCAUAGAGUGCUACGAAACAGAAGUCAAGCAGAAGGAGGAAACGGCACAGAAGAGAGAGACGAGUCCCGAGGAGACCUUGAACAAUAAUAACAAUUAUUGUAAGACUAAGGAGAGAGGAAACGCGGCGCGAGAUUUGAUCAAGAGCCUAGAGUCCAAAGUGCCCUCUAAUUCAGCGUCAACGCAUCCCAGUAUUCAAGCUCUAACGGCAGCCUGCAGCGAAAAGAUACUUAACAGAGAUUACCUACUACAGGGUGGUGGUGAACCGUUUGUCGCGCCGCCGGACGACGCUCUACCACCGGCGCCCUCCACUUCUCAGGAGAAGUCCGUCGAGCCCGAAGUUCUUCCGGAGGCUGACUCCGAGAAUGAAAGGCCAAGGAUAACGCUAUACAGCCAGAAGAUGAAGGGUCUCAAGGAUCUGUUGCUCGCGGAGAAGCUCAACACCCACGCGAUCUCGCUGCAGCUCACGGCGCAGAGCCAGGUACAAAUCGAAUUACGUAGAGAAGCUGAUAAUCGUGUCCACAAAUUAACGCGAGGUAACCAUCGGCCAGGCACUCACAGAAGCGACGUGAAACGCAACGCGCGACGCGUGAAGAAAAAAAAAACAGGACGUGCGUUUCUCUUUUAGAAAGCGACAGUAAUCGUUAAUAAGAAUAACUAAGGCGAUCGUAAACACAACAAUUCUAUUCGGACAGUCCAUACGUAACGACCGCGAAAUUACGCGCGAGUUUGCGGUUGAUUAGCGUUACGAAGUACAGUAAGUAAAAUCAUUCCGGGACAUUGAAUCGGUUAAUCGCCGAUAAAGCGAGUCAAACUAUCCGCGAAACGACUGGUGGAUCGCACAUAAGACGACUCAUGUGUAAAUCGCUUUUUUGGCUGAUUUAUUUAUAGCGUUUACGAGAGAAUUUUAUCGACUUUCAACGAGACUUCUUCAACUCGUUACACUGUGUUGACUCGCUUGUUAAUGCAAACGUGAAA